UAUUAGUAAAAUAUAAAUCUGGGUCAAUAAUGAAGACGUAACCUCUGCAUUUGAUGUCAGCAGAAUAACCCAACACUUAUCUGGUUUAUUUUUGCUCUGGUGAGGAGAUGAGGAGUGGCUCUGGAGGGUGCAGUGACGCGCUGUAAUCUAGGAGUGUCGCUGAUGUCUCACUGCUAACAUGGCUGCCCAGGAUGAACUCAAUCAACUGGAACGCGUGUUCCUCCGCCUGGGUCAUGCAGAGACUGACGAGCAGCUACAGGACAUUAUCUCCAAGUUUCUGCCCCCAGUCCUUCUAAAACUCUCCAGUGUUCAGGAGGGCGUGAGAAAGAAAGUGAUGGAGCUGUUGGUCCACCUGAACAAGAGGAUAAAAAGCCGGCCAAAGAUUCAGCUACCAGUAGAAACCUUGUUGGUGCAGUAUCAGGACCCUGCAGCAGCUUCCUUUGUCACCAACUUCACAAUCAUCUACAUAAAAAUGGGUUACCCACGUCUAGAGGUGGGGAAACAGUGUGAGCUGGCCCCGACCCUCCUCACCGCCAUGGAAGGAAAGCCACAGCCGCAACAGGACAGCCUCAUGCACCUUCUGAUCCCCACUCUGUACCACAUGAAGUACCCUGCAGACCCAUCCAAGACUGUGUCUCCAUUCAAUCUGUCUGAGAGGCCUAAGACGAUGCACCUCCUGCUAGAGUUCAUGUUGGAUGUUUUGCUCAUGCCAUACGGGUUCGUAUUGAAUGAGUCUCCCACUCGGCCUGCACCCUGCUCCGCUUCAGGUGAAGGGACAGCGGCUGGGAGCAGCCAGGGUCUCCCCCAGCCUCCCCCAGGGAUGAGUGUGUAUGCUGUAAAGAGAGUGAUCGGUGAAGCCCAGUGGAAUGCCGAGCAGCUAGAGCAGUGCAAACUGGGCAUCGUGAGGUUCAUUGAGGCAAAGCAGGUCCCAGAGGUGGAGACGGUGGUUCAUCUGGUGGUGGCGUCAAGCGAUACGAGACACAGUGUGGCGACUGCUGCUGAUCUGGAGCUGAGGAGCAAACAGAGCAUCAUCGACUGGAACAAUCCUCUAAUCAUCAACAAGAUGUUUAAGGUGUACCUGGGUGAUGUUCCUCUUAAAUCAAAGGGUGGCGGUGUGAAACAAGAGCUGAAACAUGAACCGGUGAGCACCAGAGUCAAACUGAAGAUCCUGCCACAUCUCCUCCGAUCCCGUCUGGCUGCAGAGUGCUUUCCAGCUAACAUCCAGGUCGUGUACGACGGUUUGUUCGGAGCCAACACGAACAACAAACUCCUGUCUCUCACCUUACAGUUUGUCCAUCACAUCUGCAUGGUAUGCCCCGACACUAACAAACCUUUAGGACUCAUGCUGUUGAACGGUCUUACCAAACUCAUCAACGAAUACAAGGAGGAUCCUAAAUUACUGUGUGUUGCCUACUCUGCUGUGGGAAAGCUGUCGAGUCGCAUGCCGCAGCUUUUCACUAAGGACAUUGCACUUGUGCAGCAGUUUUUCGAGUCCAUGUGCAAGGAGGAGCCAGAUGUUCGUCUUGCUAUCCAGGAAGCUUUGUCCAUGAUGGUUGGAGCUUAUGCAAACCUCCAGGGAGCUCUGCUGAAUCUAAUGGAGGCCCUGGUGGCUGCAUACAUUGGAAAGCCGGAGGUGCAAAUACGUCAGGUGGCCAUGAAGUUCGCCAGCACGGUCUUUGCUCCUGAUCAUGUGCCGUCAAGAUACCUGCUGCUGCUGGCUGCUGGAGACCCGAGAGAGGAGGUCGCUGCAGAGGCCCAGAAGGUGCUGAGGAACUUUCCUACAAAGGGUUCGGAGAAAGAAGGACCAAAGCCGAUGCCUUCCUUUCCUGACAUGGUAGCCUACGUUCAGGAGAAAGCAGCUCAGAGGAUUAAAACCCCAGCUAAGUACAUUAUUGGAACCUCAACACUUCCUUUUAACCCAUCUGCAUUUGGAGAGAUCAUGCUGUACCUGAGGAUGUGUUUAGCUCACAGCGGCGGGGCCACACCCAUUUCCACACGCUCUUCAGACAUGCAGGAUGACGCCCCCGCCAUUGGCCGCUACAUCCGCACGCUGCUGUCCUCAGACCUUCAGCCCACAGGAUCAAAGGGUGUGGAGGCUAAUCCUGUGCACAUCUACAUGGAUCUUCUCCAGCAGCUGGUUUCUGCUGUAGGGGGAAUCCCGGUCAUGUACUGUUUGCUGGAGGUGGUGUCAGUGUGUCCAGAAAAACUGGCCCCCAGAUUUGCUGAUAAAAUAGACUGGAUCAAAGGUCUGAUGAACACAAAUAAAGAGGACAUGAGGGAACUCGCUGCUCAGCUGUACGCGUUGGUGAUUUCCACCAUGACGGGCAACGAGCUGCAGGUCGCCGUGCAGAAUCUGGUCAAAAUCACCAAAGACAACCACAGUCCCGAGACCCAGCACGGCGCCAUCUUGGCUCUGGGCUACAUGGUGGGGAGGAACAUGAGCAGAAAGAAAGCUGCCACUUGUGACUCAACACAAGACAAAGGACAGAAGAGCAUCACUUCGCAGGGUGAUGAUGAGCUUGUUGCUAUGGCUACUAAAACAAUCGGUUCCUUCCUGGACAGCAGCACUGCUCUGUUGGCCACAGCAGCCUGCACAGCGCUGGGAGAAAUCGGGCGGAACGGGACUCUGCUGAUUCCUGCAGAAGGAGACGGCUUCACUAAACUCUCCAUCGUAGAAAACCUGCUGGCUCGCAUCACCUCGGGCAAGGAGAGCACGAAGAUGAAGGAGCGCUCCAUUAUGACGUUGGGUUAUCUACCGGUGGGAGAUGCGGACUUCCCACAUCAGAAAAAGCUUCUGCAGGGACUCAUGGACUCAGUGGAGGCGAAGCAGGUGGAGCUGCAGUUCACAGUUGGAGAGGCCGUCACUAGUGCUGCUAUAGGAACCGGUUCUGGAGCUGCCAGAGACCCGUGGACGUGCACAGAGGACCAGUACAGCCCACCACACAAUGUUAAAAGCAAUGACGUGGUUCCUUGGGUCCUGAACUCGAUCCUGUGCAGGUACAUACCGAGCCAGAACCCUCACGUGAGGCAGGCUGCCUGCAUCUGGCUGCUCUCUCUCGUCAAGAAACUCAGCCAGCACAAAGAAAUUACAUCCCAUCUGAAGGAGAUUCAGGUGGCAUUCAUCUCUGUUCUCUCAGACCCUGAUGAGUUAAGUCAGGAUGUGGCGUCGAAGGGCCUCGGCCUUGUCUACGAGAUGGGGGGAGAGGCUGAUCAGCAGGAGCUGGUGUCCACCUUAGUGGAAACACUUAUGACUGGUAAAAGGGUUCGACAUGCAGUCUCAGAGGAUACAGAGGUGUUCCAGGGGGAGGGAUUAGGAAAAACCCCUGAUGGGCACAGCCUCUCCACCUACAAGGAGCUCUGUUCUCUGGCCAGCGACCUGAAUCAACCAGAUCUGGUGUACAAAUUCAUGAAUCUGGCCAAUCACCACGCCAUGUGGACCUCACGCAAGGGAGCUGCUUUUGGUUUCCACAUGAUUGCAGCUAAAGCCGGGGAGCAGCUGGCCCCAUUCCUGCCCCAGUUAGUCCCUCGUCUGUACCGCUACCAGUUUGACCCCAACCUGAGCAUCCGCCAGGCCAUGACCAGCAUCUGGGAUGCCUUAGUCACUGAUAAGACUCUGGUGGAUAAAUAUUUAAAGGAGAUCCUGCAGGAUGUCAUUUCUAACUUAACCAAUAACACUUGGAGAGUUCGUGAGUCCAGCUGCUUGGCCCUCAAUGAUCUGAUUCGUGGUCGUCAGGCUGAUGACCUCAUCGAUCACCUGGCUGAGAUGUGGGAAACUCUCUUUAGAGUCCUUGAUGACAUCAAGGAAUCGGUGAGAAAGGCGGCAGACUUGACACUAAAAACACUCAGUAAGAUGUGCGUCCGUAUGUGUGAGUCUACGGGAUCUGCAGCCCAGAAAACGGUGGCUGUGAUGUUACCGACGCUGCUGGAGAAAGGCAUCGUCAGUAACGUCUCAGAGGUUCGCUCUCUCAGCAUUCAGACUCUUGUGAAGAUCAGUAAAACUGCAGGUUCCAGACUAAAACCCCAUGCUUCCCGGCUCAUCCCGGCCCUUCUGGAGGCUCUCACCACGCUGGAGCCUCAGGUCCUCAACUACCUCAGUCUCAGAGCCACCGAGCAGGAAAAGAGUGCCAUGGAUGCUGCGAGGCUGAGCGCCGCCAAGUCCUCGCCGAUGAUGGAGACCGUUAAUAUGUGUCUGCAGCAUCUAGAUGUUUCUGUGCUGGGGGAGCUGGUCCCCAGGCUCUGUGAGCUGCUUAAGAGCGGAGUAGGCCUCGGCACAAAGGGAGGUUGUGCGAGUGUGAUCGUGUCCCUCGCGGUCCAGUGUCCUCAGGACAUCACCCCUUACUCAGGUAAACUGAUGAGUGCCCUGAUGAAUGGAAUCCAUGACAGAAGCACUGUGGUACAGAAAGCUUUUGCCUUUGCUUUGGGACACCUGGUCAGGACGGCAAAGGACAGCAGCGUAGAGAAGCUACUGCUGAAGCUCAGCGCCUGGUACUUGGAGAAGGAAGAACUUGUUUACAAGUCAUCGUGCGCGCUGACCGUGCACGCCAUCAGCCACUAUAGUCCCGACGUGCUGAAGGCUCACGCAGGCGUGGCUCUGCCGCUGGCCUUCCUCGGCAUGCAUCAGGGACCGGGUCCCGACGAGGAGAAAGGAGAGAGUCACGACGCCACGCUGUGGGCGGAGGUGUGGCAGGAGAAUGUUCCAGGAAGCUUCGGAGGCAUCAGACUCUACAUGACGGAGCUGAUCGCCAUCACACAAAAAGCGCUCCAGUCUCAGUCUUGGAAGAUGAAGGCUCAGGGUGCUGCUGCCAUGGCAACAGUUGCUAAGGAGCAGACAGGCUCUCUUGUAGCACCACACCUGGGCUUAGUGCUGACGGCUUUAAUUCAUGGACUAUCUGGGCGAACGUGGGCCGGAAAGGAAGAGCUGCUGAAAGCCAUCGCACUAGUUGUGUCCAAAUGCAGCACGGAGCUGCAGAAGCCCUGCAGUGGUCAACCCACCAUCUCCGAGGUGGUGGAGGCGGUGUUGAAAGAAUGUCGGAAGGAGAAUCUGGUGUACAAAAUGGCCGCUCUGCGCUGUGCUGGAGACGUGCUCCGAAGCAGCCAGGAGGACCACUUCAGCGACAUGACGGAGAUCCUCUUCCCUCUGAUCAGAAAGAGCUGUCCGGAGAGUGGCGGCGCGUCCUCCAGGUCACUGGAUGAAGACCACGAUGACGAUUCUGAUGAUAAAGAUGCGAAGGACAAAGAGCUGCAGACUGAAGCUCUGCUUUGUGCUUUAGAGACUCUUGGAAAGACCUGGCCCAGAAACCCUCAGACUCAAGCACAUUUCCAAUCAGAGGUGUGCGGUCUGAUGUCUGGAAAGCUCAGGCUGAGCACUUGGAAAGUGCAGCUUGCUGUCCUGCAGGCCAUGAAGCCGUACUUUCAGGACUUGUUGCUGUUGGAGAAGGCUGGUGAAGACUCAAGUGCACUAUCAGAGAUCCUGACGGAGACUUGUGCUGCUCUCACAUAUCCUUUAGAAAAUAAAAGUUACUCCUCUGUUCGGACAGAGGCCUUGUCUGUUGUGGAUCUGAUUGUGAAGAGAAUCGGAGAGAGCGAGCAGUGGGAGUGUAUGUCUGUGAAGAGCCGGGAGCAGCUGCAGCGCUCCCUGUCGACUCUGCAGUCGGACGCACGGCCCGCCCUGAGGGAUAAAGCCCAGGAGCUGCGCAGACGCAUCCAGAGCCAACCCUGAGGAAGAUGGGACAACAUAAAGGAAAAGGAGCAACACACACACACACACACACACCCUCUGUCUUAUAAGCAUGAUGCCAUACGUGGAACUACUGUUACUGAUGGAAAAGGAGGUACAACCCAAGAAGACCGGGGCCUGAUGUCCCACACACCUGUGUUGUGUUGAUGAAAGGGAUUUAAUAAUUCACACGUCUGUCAUCAAGUAUCCAUGAUGUCAUCGAGCUGCGCCGCGGACUCCCAACAGGAAACCAGACUAAACUCGCUCCUCUGGGCAAAGCCAACGCGGUGAGCUGUUAACUUCUACGUUGUUCACUCAGAUGGACUGUGUGUGAGCUGAUAAACUGCUUUAUAAGUGUUGGGUGUGUGGACACUUUAUAGCUAAUAGCCCCAAAAUGGGGAUUUUUACUACUGUUGUGGGUUUGCCUUCCUAAUAACUGUCCAAACAGCAGCGGGUUGUUUAUCGCAGCCAACAGAAGGUGACGAUGCUUUAGGGUAUCACAGCGUGUCCUGAAAUCUAGAGAGAAACCUGCUGAUAACUUCAAAAUGACGCUGUAGCUGUUUGAAUUUGUCUUUCAUGAAAUAAAACGUAAUCAUUUGGA